CAGAUAGUUUAUGCGGCGUUCAUUUGAGAAUGUAUUACUGCGCAUGCGUCAACCCAUGUGGCCAAGCAGCUCUUUGGGAGGAGUGAGAAACUAUGUCCUCUGGCAGUGAAGCUGAAGAUGAUUGGGAAGAUGUGGAACCUGGAGACCCUCUUCAUGGCGACCUCACUGAGGAACAACUUUUACUGUUGGCAAAGAGUCAUGGCUCUUGUGGUCAGCCCUCAACCAGCAGUGGUAUUGAAUUCACUCUAGACAAAAAUGCCUUAAAGAAAAAGCGUAAAGAGAAGAGUGAAUUUGAAAGAGCGUUUGAAGCGUUUCAGAAAGAGCUUCUUCACAACGUUCACAAGACACACCUUCUCUGUCUUGUCUCACGUGGCAUUCAUCAGACCAAGCUUUGCGACCACUCCCCCUCACUGCAAGCCAUUCUCUUAUCACUCAUUGCGAAUCAGAGAAGUCUAUACAGAGACGACCCAAGUCGCUAUGAUCGUGAUCUAUUACUGAAACUAUUAAAAUGGUUUGUUGCGCAGAAAAAAGAUUUCCAAAAAAUUGUUUCCGAUUUUGACACUAGAUUUAGAGACUUAUCAGUAACUUUGUUGCUGGUAGCUCUGUUGAGAGUAUUAGGACUUGAAACCAGAUUGGUCAUGGUGCUAAAUCCUCUCUCGUACAAGCCAAUGUCGACUAGUAAGAAGAAGAAUUAUACUUUAAAAAAGAGUAGUCCCAAUGAAACGGUUAAGGAGGAGAACGUUGCAAUGAAUACUGUAAGUGCAGUGCUCAAAGGCUCCUCCAGUAAAAGAAUAAAGAAUACCACUAAGAAAUGUACCAAAAAGUUAGGAACCUCAUCAUCGGACAAGAGAAGCAGUACCACUGAAACUGACACGUCUCCUUACUUCAAUAAAUCAAUGAAACACUGUAGCCCACCUCGACUUCGGAAGAGGACACAUUCUAAUCUGAAAUCAUCCAGCGAAUCAUUUCAUUCUGAAAGUGAAAAUGAAGACAAAGAAUUUACAUUCCCAAAGCCUAAGAAAAUGAAAAUAGCUCCUAAAAAAGUAUCACGAAAAAUAACGCAAGUAGAUUCAGAAGUUUUGAGUUCUAAAGUCGUUGAUUAUUCUCGGACAAUAGAAGCUGAAGCUGAUAAUGAUGAUGUAAUGUCCUGGGUGGAGGUGUACGUGUGUGGUGAGGAAAAGUGGGUGUCGGCUCAUAUCCCCUCCUGCUCAGUCGGACAGCCCCACCUUUGUGAGAGGGACUGCCCCCUGCCUUUGAACUAUGUUCUGGCGUUUCAAAGUGGUGGUAAUUUGGAGGGUGUGUGUGUUCGUGAUGUGACCCCACGGUAUGCGUCCGACUGGUGCACUCGUGUCUACAAGCAGAGGCUGGAUCGAGAUUGGUGGGCAGAGUCUCUGCGACCUUUUGAACUUUCUGAAAUUGAAGCAAGAAAGAGAGAGGAUGAGGAUAUAAUUGCCUCACUCCACUCUCAGCCUCUGCCCUCCAGUGUGUCAGACUACAAGAACCACCCGCUGUACGCUCUCAAACGUCACCUAUUAAAAUUUGAAGCCAUUUAUCCCGAGAGUAGCGAAGUACUGGGAUUCUGUCGAGGGGAGGCUGUGUUUGCAAGAAAAAGUGUCUAUACACUGCACACUCGUGAGACUUGGUUGAAGGAGGGUCGGCUGGUGAGAGUGGGGGAGGUGGCCUACAAGUCCGUCAAGGCUCGGCCAAAGAAGGGUCAGCCAGUGCCAGAGAACCAAUUGGCCACGGUUGAUGUGUUCGGCAGUUGGCAGACAGAGAAGUACAUACCACAGCCCAUUGUAGACGGUAAAGUGCCUCGUAAUGAGUAUGGGAAUGUGGAGCUAUUUCUGCCGUCUAUGUUACCACCUGGAGGUGUGCACAUCAAGAUUCAGGGUGUUCAGAAAGUGGCGCGUAAGCUGGGAAUAGACUUUGCACCUGCCAUAAUGGGCUGGGACUUCCACGGUGGAUUUUGUCAUCCCAUCAUUGAGGGCAUCGUGGUUGCCAUGGAGAACGAAGGGGUCAUUCUGGAAGGCUGGGAACAAGAGGAGCAGAUCAGAAUGGAGAAGGCUAACAAGAAGAGAGAAAAGAGAGUGGUGGGCAGCUGGCGGAGGGUAACCAAGGCACUACUCAUCAAGGAGAGACUGAGGGCAAAGUACGACUAUUCAUGAACCAUAAUUAUAAUUAUAAACAGAACAGCCUCUAUAAAUUACAGUGCUAUUGUAUACCGUGCUUGCUAUUCAUGGACACAAUCUCAUGCACCCAUGCUUAUUUCAGAGAUAAUGUAUAAGUUCAAGCUCUAUAUACAAGUUUUCUGA